AUGGUGGUCCCGAAGGAGUCAGGCUGGUUGGAGGUUCUCGCUGCUCUGGGAGACAUUAUGAGAGUGAGGUUGGUUGGUGGUCACAGUCGCUGUGCUGGUAGAGUGGAGGUUCUUCAUAGAGGUCAGUGGGGAACAAUGUGUGGUGUUGGCUGGGAUAUGGCUGAAGCAGCAGUGGUGUGUAGAGAGCUGGACUGUGGAGAACCUGUAGAUGCUCUGUUUAAUGCUCAUUUUGGACUGGGAUCAGGACCAAUCUGGACAAAACGCAAGUUAUGUACUGGAUCAGAAUCUACAUUGAAGAACUGUGGAAUGAUAGAUUGGUAUGUUUAUAACUGUGAUCAUGCAAAAGAUGCAGGAGUCAUCUGCUCAGAUGUCAGGCUUAUCGGAAACUCCAGUUGUUCUGGGAGGUUAGAGAUACUUGAUAACCAGACGUGGGUUUCAGUGAGUGCUGCUGCCUUUGAUCAGCAGGAUGCAGAGGUUGUGUAUAAAAAGAAUGUAAGGUUGGUUGGUGGUAAGAGUCGCUGUGCUGGUAGAGUGGAGGUUCUUCAUAGAGGUCGUUGGGGAACAGUGUGUGGUGUUGGCUGGGAUUCGGCUGAUGCUGCAGUGGUGUGUAGAGAGCUGGACUGUGGAGAACCUGUAGAUGCUCUGGGUGGUGCUCAUUUUGGACCAGGAUCAGGACCAAUCUGGAUGUAUAUUGUGUUGUGUACUGGAUCAGAGUCUACACUGAAGAACUGUGGGUCAGCAGGAUGGGGUAUUCAUGCAUGUACUCACAAUUCUGAUGCCAGUGUCAUCUGCUCGGGUCAUAAAGCUUCUAGACUCGUUAAUGGAUCACACCUCUGCUCUGGGAGGUUAGAGGUGGUUCAUGGGAACACCUGGGGUUCAGUGUGUGCUGCUGACUUUGACCAGCAGGAUGCAGAGGUUGUGUGUAGAGAGCUGGACUGUGGGGCUCCUGUACAGGUGCUGGGAGAAGCUGCUUUUGGCAAAGGAGAUGGUCAGAUGUGGACACAAGAGAUUCAGUGCAGAGGAAAUGAGUCUCAGAUUUCAGGUUGCUCAAUAUCAUCUUCACACAAACACAACUGCACUAGUGACAAUAAUGUGGGUCUGAUCUGUUCAGGUUACACAGAGGCCAAACUCAUGAAUGGUUCAGACUCUUGUUCUGGAAGAGUGGAGCUUAGGUUUCUCAAUGAUUGGGGCACAGUGUGUGAUGCAUGCUGGGAUAUGAGAGCUGCCAGUGUCCUCUGUAGACAGCUGAAUUGUGGGAUUGCUGUGUCUGUUGUGGGAUCAGACUGGUUUGGAGAGGGAAGUGGAGAAAUCUGGGCUGAUGUGUUUGAUUGUGACGGGAAUGAAACAAAACUCUCAGAAUGUUCUAUCUCUUCAUGGAGUCGAGCUGAAUGUUCUCAUAGACGAGAUGUUGGAGUCAUCUGCUCUGAUUCCUCUCUGGCUGUUCAUGAUGGUUUGGUGCGGUUGUCUGGAAAGAGACAGUGUGAGGGGGAGAUGGAAGCUUCCAUCCAUCAGGUCUGGAGGAGAGUUCUGCUGGACUCCUGGAGUCUCACUGAAUCCUCUGUGGUCUGCAGACAGCUGGGCUGUGGCUCUGUGCUGAACUUCUCCGGCUCCUCUUCAUCCAGUCCUGAACACAGUCAUGAGGGUGUGACAGGCUUCCAGUGCUCUGGGAGUGAAGCUCAUCUGGGGAACUGCAGCUCUCCACAAACUCUCAACUGCAGCUCUCCACAAACUCUCAACUGCAGUUCUCCACCAACUCUCAAAUGCACCUCUCCACAAACUCUCAACUGCAGCUCUCCACAAACUCUCAACUGCAGUUCUCCACAAACUCUCAACUGCAGUUCUCCACAAACUCUCAACUGCAGCUCUCCACAAACUCUCAACUGCAGUUCUCCACAAACUCUCAACUGCAGCUCUCCACAAACUCUCAACUGCAGCUCCACGCAACAGCUGUCAAUCACCUGCCUUGGUCACGGGUCCAUCAGGCUGGUGGGUUCUGGGGGAGACUGUGCAGGGAGGCUGGAGGUUUUUCACAGCGGCUCAUGGGGGACAGUGUGUGAUGACUCCUGGGAUAUUAAAGAUGCCCAUGUGGUGUGCAGACAGCUGCAGUGUGGAGUGGCCCUCAGUAACCAGCAGGUACCAGCCUGGUUUGGUCCUGGUUCUGGACCCAUAUGGCUGGAUGAGGUGGAGUGUGAGGGGAAUGAGACGUCCCUGUGGAGCUGCUCUUCUCCAGGCUGGGGAAAACAUGACUGUCAACACAAGGAGGAUGUAGGAGUCGUGUGCUCAGAGUUUAAAGAGAUCAGGUUAACUGAGGGCUGUGAAGGGAAUGUUGAGGUUUUCUACAAUGGAUCCUGGGGUAAUGUGUGUCACCAUAAGAUGGACAGAGAUACAGCGAGUCUGAUCUGUCAAGAGCUGAACUGUGGAAGAUCUGGUGCUUUUUCCAAUUCUAUACCAAGACUGGAAUCAGCUCCUAACUGGCUGGAUAAAGUGAAAUGUCGACCACAUGAUUCAAAUUUGUGGCAGUGUCCAUCUUUACCCUGGGGACAGAAUGACUGUGACAGAGAUGAAGUGGCCAAAAUCAUCUGCUCAGAACAGGAGAGUCAUGAGUCACCUAGAAGCUCUUUGUCAUGCUCCACAUCUCCACAUCAGAGACAGUGUUCAGAACUCUAUUGGCCAAUAAUAUGUCUACUUGUCUGUGAUUUAGAUCAUGUUCCUCUCAGACUGAGUGGAGGGGAGGGUCGGUGCUCUGGGAGGCUGGAGGUGUAUCAUAACGCUGUGUGGGGCUCAGUCUGUGAUGAUCUGUGGGACAUCAGCGAUGCUCAGGUGGUCUGCAGGCAGCUGGGUUGUGGAGCAGCACUGAGGGCUGAUGGGAAUUCAGUCUUUGGUGCUGGUGAAGGUGUUGUGUGGCUGAACAGAGUCGAGUGCAGAGGGAAUGAGAUUCACCUGUGGGACUGUCCUCUCUCCCUGAAGAACCACACUGACUGCUCCAACAAAGAUCACGCUGGACUCACCUGUGCAGAUUUGUCACUGUCUACUCCUGCCACAACAACAUCAUCUUCUCUUCCAGUUUCUCAGACAGUGAGCUCAACAUCAUUCUCUCGUUCACAAACUCCUCCGUCUCUCUCUGUGCUUGUGAUUGUACUGGGAGUUGUGCUCUUACUGCUCUUAGUGACACUACUUAUACUGAUUCAGCAGAACAGAGUGAUGAGGAAAGCUCUCUCUGACUGGUACACAGGAAUACACAGGGCUCCAAGUGAAGGAGGUUAUGAGGAAAUUCAUCACAGACGCAAUAAUUUCACUCAUACAGGAGAAAGUUUCAUCUCUGAAGAACUGCAUUCUAGGUGUGAAGAUGAUUUGCUUCUCUCAGAUGACACUCCAGAGGGCUAUGAUGACGUCAUUACCACUGGACAGACCUAUGAGGGAGAUCAGGAGGAGUAUGAUGAUGUGUGGAAUAUCACUGAAGAUUUGAGAAACCUGUUAGACCGGGCGAAUGACAUCGCACUGGGUUACUAUGAUGAUGUCAUCACUGAUGGACUGAAGCCAGAACGUGAAACAGAAGACACACAUGCGAGCUAUGAUGAUGUCAUCACCAUCAGUGAACAGAACUCUGUGGACACACCAGAGAAUUAUGAUGAUGUCAUCAUUAAUGGACAGGACACUGAAGGUAUAACUGAGGGAGAUCAGGAGGAGUAUGAUGAUGUGAAGAACAGUGAUGAAGAUGACCUGUUGGAUAAAAAGAAUGUGAGGUUGGUUGGUGGUCACAAUCGCUGUGCUGGUAGAGUGGAGGUUCAUCAUAGAGGUCAGUGGGGAAAAGUUUGUGGUGGUUUCUGGGAUUUGGCUGAUGCUGCAGUGGUGUGUAGAGAGCUGGACUGUGGAGAACCUGUAGAUGCUCUGGGUGAUGCUCAUUUUGGACCAGGAUCAGGACCAAUCUGGAUGACUGUUGUGUUAUGUACUGGAUCAGAGACUACACUAAAGAACUGUGGGUCAUUAGGAUGGGGCAUACAUGACUAUGCUUUUGACAAAGGAGACGCCCAGAUGUGGACACAAGAGAUUCAGUGCAGAGGAAAUGAGUCUCAAAUUUCAUUUUGCUUAAUAUCAUCACACAAAUACAACUGCACCAGUGACAAUAUUGUGGGACUGAUCUGUUCAGAGGAUCAGGCUCUUGAGUCACCUCAGAGAGGCUCUUGUUUUACCUUACCAUCUCCUCACCAGAGACAGUGUUCAAAGCAUGUUCCUCUCAGACUGAGUGGAGGGGAGGGCCGGUGCUCUGGGAGGCUGGAGGUGUAUCAUAACGCUGUGUGGGGCUCAGUCUGUGAUGAUCUGUGGGACAUCAGCGAUGCUCAGGUGGUCUGCAGGCAGCUGGGUUGUGGAGCAGCACUGAGGGCUGAUGGGAAUUCAGUGAUUCAAUGUCAGUUUCUGUUGGGAGAGUCUCGUCUGGGAGAGGCAGCAGUAAUGGCUCAGAAAGCUGCAGAGCUGGACAGUUCUGAGUUUGACGUGGUGUUCAGCGCUGCUCAGGGACACAGUGUGAAUGUGAGACUGGUAAAUGGCACCAGUCGCUGUGCUGGUAGAGUGGAGGUUCUUCAUAGAGGUCAGUGGGGAACAGUGUGUGGUGAUCUCUGGGAUUUGGCUGAUGCUGCAGUGGUGUGUAGAGAGCUGGACUGUGGAGAACCUGUAGAUGCUGUGGGAGGUGCUCAUUUUGGACCAGGAUCAGGACCAAUCUGGAUGAGUAAUGUCUGGUGUGCUGGAUCAGAGUCUAAACUUAAAAACUGUGGGGCAUUAGGAUGGGGUAAACAUGAAUGUGGUCACAGUGAAGAUGUUGGAGUCAUCUGCUCAGGAGUCAGGCUGGUUGGAGGUUCUCGCUGCUCUGGGAGGUUAGAGAUACGUGAUGAUCAGACGUGGGUUUCAAUGUGUGCUGCUGCCUUUGACCAGCAGGAUGCAGAGGUUGUGUGUAGAGAGCUGGACUGUGGGGCUCCUGUACAGGUGCUGGGAGAAGAUGCUUUUGGCAAAGGAGAUGCUCAGAUGUGGACACAUGAGAUUCAAUGCAGAGGAAAUGAGUCUCAGAUUCACCUCUGUCCAACAUCACCAUCACAUGAAAACAACUGUUCACAUGAAGAUAGUGUUGGGUUGGUGUGUGCAGUUUACUUCCUUUUUCUCAAUGUUUCUUCAUGUCUCAUUUUCUCUGUUCAAUAUACAGAACAUGCAAAUGUGAGAUUGGUAAAUGGCACCAGUCACUGUGCUGGUAGAGUGGAGAUUCAUCAUAGAGGUCAGUGGGGAACAGUGUGUGGUGAAUUCUGGGAUUUGGCUGAUGCUGCAGUGGUGUGUAGAGAGCUGGACUGUGGAGAACCUGUAGAUGUUCUGGGUGAUGCUCGUUUUGGACCAGGAUCAGGACCAAUCUGGAUGAGUUUUGUCAUGUGUACUGGAUCAGAGUCUACACUGAAGAACUGUGGGGCAUCAGGAUGGGGUAAACAUAGAUGUGAUCACAGUAAAGAUGUUGGAGUCAUCUGCUCAGGAGCCAGACUGGUUGGAGGUUCUCUCUGCUCUGGGAGGUUAGAGAUACUUGAUAAUCAGUCGUGGGUUUCAGUGUGUGCUGCUGCCUUUGACCAGCAGGAUGCAGAGGUUGUGUGUAGAGAGCUGGACUGUGGGGCUCCUGUACAGGUGCUGGGAGAAGAUGCUUUUGGAAAAGGAGACGUUCAGAUGUGGACAAAAGAGACUCAGUGCAGAGGAAAUGAGUCUCAGAUUCACCUCUGUCCAACAUCAUCAUCACAUGAAAACAACUGUUCAGAUGACAGUGAUGUUGGGCUGGUGUGUGCAGACAGUGUCAAUGUGAGGUUGGUUAAUGGUACCAGUCGCUGUUCUGGUAGAGUGGAGGUUCUUCAUAGAGGUCAGUGGGGAACAGUGUGUGGUGAUUUCUGGGAUUUGGCUGAUGCUGCAGUGGUGUGUAGAGAGCUGGACUGUGGAGAACCUGUAGAUGCUCUGAGUGAUGCUGCUUUUAGACCAGAACCAACAUGGUCAUGGAGUACUCUGAUGUGUGCUGGAUCAGAGUCUACACUGAAGAACUGUGGAGCAUCAUUAGGGGAUAGACGUGGCUGUGGUCCUAAUGGAAUAGCUGGAGUCAUCUGCUCAGGUAAACUGUUUCCCCAGAUAGCAUGUAAUCAUUGAAACAAUGUUGAGUCAGUGUUGAUGCGUUAAUGCUAAUUGCAUUGAAUUAACAUUACAAAGUGAUAUUUUUUUCAACAUCACAUUUGCACCCUCAGUUACUGUUGAAACCAUGUUGAGAUUUCAACCACAAAUCAAUCAAUGAUAAUUUCAUUGAAUCAACAUUAUGAAGUUAUGAUGGUUCAAUAUCACA